UGCAUACUCCUAGCCACAACCGCUGGUCUCGGUGCUGUAGGCAACGUCAUCACCAUGAAAACGUUCAUCCAUCUCGGCAUAUCAGACGGCGUGAAUCUGUCCCUGAUAUCGCUGGCAGCGUCAGAUCUCUUCUUCCUCAUCUCCGCUUUCAUCAACGGCAUCAGCCUGAUGCUCCACUGCGUUGAGGAACUGUCCGGGUUCAAUCUUUGGUUCCCCGUUGACCCGGAAGUGGUCUACAUGAUUUUUACAGUAACCGGAAGUGGCUUCUACGCCUGUUCGAUGCUCGUGACGACAUUCAUCACCGUAGUUCGAUGUCUGGCCGUGGCGCUUCCUUUAAAGUUCAGAAAUUUGCUGUCAUGGCAAGCCACGGCCGUGGUCAUUUCCCUGUUCACAGUUCUGAUGCUCUCAACGACCGUUGUAUUGUUGGUGUACACGGGCGUUUCCCACCAGUUCGACCCUAACAUCAACACAACGAGACCUGCCCCGUGGCUCCCACCAGAAAGGACGAUGAUCAAGAACGUGAUUUUUGGGGCAAGGGACGUGUUCUUACCACUGGCUUCUCAAAUGAUUGUUGGAAUAUGCGUGGUGAUUAUGGCCAGGUACCUGCAGAAGGCUCGUAUAUUUCGCCUGAAGGUGUCAAAGCUUGCAUGUCUGAACGACAACGCGCCCAAAAACAAUAAUGUGAUCCGAGAUUCACAAAUUAAUCUAAAAACUGUAACGAAAGAGACGGGAUCGUCAAAAGCUGUUUGCAAAGAACUUCAGGCUGUUCAACAGAUGCUGCUCAUAGCCACAGUCUACAGCUUGUGUAACAUGCCAAAGGUCAUCUUUAACUUGACAGAACUUAUUGUACCUGGAUUCUACAGGGACCUUAGUUACAAUGACGUAUAUUUAACGUGCAAUAUUACAAGAGAACUAAUUCAGUCGGUGAAUGCCAGUGUAACCAUUUUCAUUUACUGGAAAUACAAUUCAAAGUUCAGGAGUCACUUUGUUCUUCACCACUGA